UUUGCACAAGGAGCAGUGAUACUGAACUCAAAGCAGGACAGAGAGAAGAGACAAAGCUGCUGUAACAUGAAGAGUAGCAGAGAUAAAAGCAUGCUGUGGUUUCUGGUGCUGACCUGUGCACUCUGCAUGGGAGGACAUGUUGCAGCAGGACAGAGAGAUGGUGAAAUUAUCAGUCAGAUUAAAAUGACUAACCUUGCAUUGGCUGAGAUCAAAGAGCUCCUGAAACAACAGAUAAAAGAGAUUGUAUUCCUGAAGAACACUGUGAUGGAGUGCGAAGCCUGUGGGAUGGGAGGAAUACAGCCUCGUCCCUCCUGUGUGCCCAACCCCUGCCACCCGGGGGUGAAGUGUAUGGAGACACCUCAGGGUAUAAAGUGCGGACCAUGUCCUGACGGUAUGGAGGGUAACGGUACCCACUGCACUGACAUUGACGAGUGUACAGUGAUGCCAUGUCACAUGGGUGUGCGCUGCAUCAACACCUCCCCGGGUUUCCGCUGUGGUUCCUGUCCUGCUGGAUACACUGGCCCCCAGGUCCAGGGUGUCGGCCUUGCCUACGCCACCGCCAACAAACAGGUGUGCAAGGAUAUCAAUGAGUGUGAAGGUCCAAACAAUGGAGGCUGUGUGGAAAACUCAGCCUGUAUGAACACACCUGGCUCGUUCAGAUGCGGUCCCUGUAAGCCGGGCUACAUUGGUGAUCAGCGACGUGGCUGUAAGCCUGAAAGAGCCUGUGGCAAUGGCCAACCCAACCCCUGCCACGCUAGCGCCGAGUGCAUCGUUCAUCGAGAAGGAACAAUCGAGUGUCAGUGUGGAGUUGGAUGGGCUGGCAACGGCUACCUCUGUGGUCCUGAUAUUGACAUCGAUGGUUUCCCUGAUGAGAAACUGGACUGUCCUGAGAGGAACUGUAAUAAGGAUAAUUGUCUCACUGUUCCCAACUCUGGUCAAGAAGAUGCAGACAAUGAUGGGAUUGGAGAUGCCUGUGAUGAGGAUGCAGAUGGAGAUGGGAUUCCUAACAUGCAGGAUAACUGUGUGCUGGUUCCCAACGUGGAUCAAAGGAACAUUGAUGAGGAUGACUUUGGCGAUGCCUGUGACAACUGCCGUGCUGUGAAAAACAACGACCAAAAAGACACAGACGUGGACAAAUUUGGUGAUGAGUGUGAUGAAGAUAUAGAUGGGGAUGGAAUUCCCAAUCACCUGGAUAACUGCAAAAGGGUUCCCAACGCCGACCAGAAGGAUCGAGAUGGAGACAAUGUGGGGGAUGCCUGUGACAGCUGUCCUUAUGUUCCCAACCCCGACCAGAUGGAUGUGGAUAAUGACUUGAUCGGCGACCCCUGUGACACCAACAAGGACAGUGACGGUGAUGGUCACCAGGACUCUCGGGACAACUGCCCAGCUGUCAUCAACAGCUCUCAGCUUGACACUGACAAAGAUGGUAAGGGAGACGAGUGUGAUGAUGAUGAUGACAAUGAUGGCAUCCCAGACCUGUUGCCGCCUGGUCCUGAUAACUGCCGCCUGAUCCCUAACCCUCUGCAGGAGGACUCUGACGGUGAUGGUGUGGGUAAUGUUUGUGAGAAGGAUUUCGACAACGACACUAUCGUCGACACCAUCGAUGUUUGUCCAGAAAAUGCUGAAGUCACCCUUACUGACUUCAGGGAGUACCAAACUGUUGUCUUAGAUCCGGAGGGAGACGCACAGAUCGACCCCAACUGGGUGGUGCUGAACCAGGGAAGAGAGAUUGUCCAGACGAUGAACAGCGAUCCUGGGUUGGCUGUUGGUUACACCGCUUUCAGCGGCGUGGAUUUUGAAGGGACGUUUCAUGUAAAUACGGUAACGGACGACGACUAUGCAGGCUUUAUCUUCGGCUACCAGGACAGCUCCAGUUUCUACGUGGUGAUGUGGAAGCAGGUGGAGCAGAUCUACUGGCAGGCCAACCCCUUCAGAGCUGUGGCAGAACCUGGCAUCCAGCUGAAGGCCGUAAAGUCAAACACAGGACCAGGUGAGAACCUGAGGAACGCCCUGUGGCACACCGGUGACACCAGUGACCAGGUGAAACUCCUGUGGAAAGAUGCUCGCAAUGUGGGCUGGAAGGACAAGACUUCGUACCGCUGGUUCCUCCAACACCGACCUGCUGACGGCUACAUCAGAGUUCGUUUCUAUGAGGGUCCUCAGAUGGUGGCGGACACAGGUGUUAUCAUAGACGCCACGAUGAGAGGAGGCCGACUAGGAGUCUUCUGCUUCUCCCAGGAGAACAUCAUCUGGGCCAACCUGCGUUAUCGCUGCAAUGAUACUCUCCCCGAGGACUUUGACACCUACAGAGCCCAGCAGGUCCAACUGGUAGCCUGACCACAGACAAGCCCAGGGAAUUCUGGGAACACUUUCCAACGCACAACUGCGUCUCAGAAAGAAAAAAAAAUCGUUAUGAAAAAAAGUUAAAUGGAAAGUCCAAGACACGGCUCUGAAAUAUCUUAAGUUUUAAGAUGAAAACAGACCAACUGUGCUCCAAACUCCAGACAGAGGAGAGGAAACUUCACAGCUGUAAAAACUCUUCGGAGGUGAUAUAAAAUUAAUUGUACAACAGAUAUCAAACAGUCUUCUAAAGAGAUUUCUGUCUGAAAUAAUGUUGCAACAAGAUACCACCAACUAUAUUUUUAUAACUUUCAGUCUAUACUUUCUGAAGGAAGAACUAUUGCAAAGAUUAAACUGUCACUAAUG